AUGGCUUCCGAUAACUCCCCGAAUGGUAGUAAUGCCAGGUUUCUGGCAUUUGUUUUAUUGGUAAUUGUGGCCUCAGUCUUGGACUUCAUUGGGUCCCUGUCCUACUAUUUUAAUUUCGAGGGCAAAAACAUAUUUAUGCCCUAUUAUUCAGACCGAAAUAUUCUCCCAUUUCCCUUACUAUUCCCCGAAUUUGAUUUGUCCAGUUACCCUAAUGGAAGUUUCAACGAUGGCGCUAAUAACACACAUAACAUUAGCACAGAUAAUUCUUCCAAUAGGGUUAUUACGAGUAAAAAUAGUAAUAGGAGUAGGGGAGCCGACGAGAUGUGUUACCGGCGUAUACUGCAAGAAUAUGAGCAGUAUAGAUUGAAUGACGCAAACAUAUUUGAAAAUGUGCCCAAAAAAGGGUUUAUUGUGCCUAAAGACUCACCACCUGGAUGGCUUACAUAUACAUCAAUAGAUAAACUAGUUUUAAAUCUACUUGAUGCAUAUCGAUUCGACUAUGUAGUUUACGAUCCUCUGUUGGCCAAUAAUAAGAAGGAUCUUCGCAACAUAUUUAGAAAUAGAAUGGACAGCUUCUAUUCACUGUUUAAAACCCCCGGAAGCAGUUCACAUCAGCCGAGAGAUGAGCACAGGUCGAGGCUCCAUAAGCUAAUCUCGUCAUAUCCAACAUUGACAGUUUUCGCCGUCAAGAGCAUAAUGUCAGGAGAUAAGCGUAACGUAGGAAUGGUUGCGGGAAACUUGAAUCCCACUGACUUAAAGCUGGAUCACCUCCCACACCAAUGUAGCAGUAACAACUUGGAGUUGAAUUUACUCGGUGACGUAACUUCGUAUGAUUUGGCUCCAAACUGUUUCAAAAAUCAUAUGACAAAUAAGCAUAAAAACACAGUAAAUGACAUAUAUAAUGCAGAUCAAAUGAUUUAUGAUAACUUUAAGACAUAUAUUGACACCUCCGACUGCCUAAUACUACACCUCGUUGGCGCAGAUCACCUGUCACACUGCGGAGGUAGAAACACAAAUGAAAUGUCGAACAUCAUGGAUAAUUACAACAAGUUCGUAAAGGAACUGCUGGCUGAAUAUAAAAAAAGGAAAAACUACAUGAUACUCUUCUUUGGAGACCACGGGCAGAAGGAGUCGGGGUCACACGGAGAUGACUCAGUGGAAGAGAUGGAAACGUUUCUCCUGGCCCACUCGGAUCUAAAGUUGAGGGACUUUAAGGACGACCGAUGCCCGAUAUCAGACACUCCGGCAGGGUACAGGCUUAACCACUCAGUGCUGAACGGGCAGGUGGAGGCGGGCUUCACGUACGGACACCAGUACACGCAGGACAUAUGCACGACGAGCUCGCUGCUGCUGAACAUACCGAUUCCCUUCCACUCAGAGGGGUUCAUCAUACCCACGGCAGUGCCAGUGGUCACGGGUCCGGACGGAAGAGACCUUACGGAAAAGUUCCUGGUGCAGCUGCACCACGUGAACGUGCAUCACCUGCUUAGAAUAGUGGACCUGCUCUCACAGAACCCGGAGGUUACGCUGAACGAAAGGAAGCACGAGGCGAUACUGGCGAAGAGGCUUAAGUUGGCGAACAUGUACACGAUACUGAGGCUCGUGGACACAGCGUCGAGCUCGGGUAUGCAAGGUGGCGGGGGCCAGGUGUUCUCACAGGAGGGCGUGGAGAAGCUGUACAAAGAAUACAGCUCGCUCUGCAAAAGGCUUAGUGUGAUGACCUCAGAGCUCGUCAACGAGUCGACGCGGUCAUUCACGUUCCACUACCUGUACGUGUGCAUCAUCAUCAAGUACGUCGCGAUCGUGAUGCUGCUCUACUGCAUGGUGGGCACGCUGAGGUACUACCAGUUCCCGAGGUCAGCAGUGGUGACCGAAGGGAAAGUGACGCGGGCGAAGUCGAAGGGGCUCGAGGCAGAGUGGCAGGGCGAGGGCGCCGGGGUCGAGGGCGAACUUAAGGGUCCGGGGAGGGACGCCCUGGUCAGAAAGGCGCUCCUCAGGCUGCUGAGGGCGGUUCUGGGCUCGCUGCUGCUCUCAGUCACGCUCGGCACGCGCUUCAAGCUGCUAGUGCCCGAGGACGUUCCGCUGCUGGGCUCGCUGCUCGGACAACGCGUCUCGCGCUCCCUCACGCUCAGGUGGCCGCUGGGCGUAUUCAGGACGCUCCUGUCGCUGGCGCAGCAGUACACGCUGCUGCUCUCGAGGUUCUUCGUUAUCGAGGAGUACGACAUAUACCUGCACUUCUCGCUGCUGUACGGGAGCUUCCUGACGCUGUUCCUGCUCUGCGACCUGCCCUUCCUGGCGAGGAGCUACAGGGAGCUGCUGGGCUGCAAGGCCAGCAAGAGCAUCGAGUACUGCUCCUCGGCGCUGGCGACCUUCUACUACAACGUCGGACGCUACAGCGUACGCAAGCUCACGACGGUCUUCUACUGCAUCGUCUUCUACCUGGUCGUCGUGUCGGAGUGCGCGACCUACAGCCACGACACGAUCUCGCGGCACCUGCUGGCGCUCUUCAUGAUCAUCGAGGCGGGACCCUUCCUGCUCAGGGGCGGCUACCUGGCGAAGACGGUCAGGAACAGGCUCCUGCUGGUGCUCGGCCUGCUCAAGUUCUCCUCCUUCUUCCACGACUACAGGCUCUUCUUCUACUCCUCGGAACUGCCCUCGGCCAGCUGGCUGCUGCGGGAGAAGGUUCUGAGCCUCUUCGAGGUCUCGCUGCUCUCGCUGACGGCCUUCUACGUCGUCCUGUUGCGAGUGCUCCAGAGGUUCCACAAGAUGCCCCUCGAGGACUGCAGGAACAACUUCGAGCUCUCACUCGUGUGCUGCGUCCGCGUGUUUAAGCGGCGGGGGGCAAUGCUCGCGGUGUACACGGCGACCUUCUUCUGCGUGCUCGUCAACUACGCGCUCACGACGCAGUCCUCGCUCGUGGGCGUCCACAGGUUCAUCCACAACCUGCACAACGCCUACAACAUGAAGAUGUUCGUGGCCUCGCUCUUCGCGUGGGCGGCGCUCGUGCUGUUCGUGCUCUCGCUGCUGGGGAUGCUGCUCAACCCCUUCGACCUCUUCUUCAACACCGGCAAGGGCCGCGGAAGCAGGGGUGGGAGCGCGGAUGCCGACGGCAGCGCGAACUCGGCCGCCACGAGCACCUACAGGGUCUCGAGCUUCCUCCUCUACCUGAUGCCGCAGGUGUGCUUCCUGAUAUUCCUGGUCUGCGGCCAGAAGAAGGCCUUUCAGAUCCUCGUCGGCCUCGCCAUGCUCUACCACACCUGCUUCAUCCUCACCUGCAAGAACUCGAACUUUUACCUUUCGCACGCGCUCCUGCUGCAGACUGCGGCCGACGUCGUCUACUUCGCCAGCGGCAGCCUCGACAAGCUUCUGAACCUGAACUUUCAGACUGGCUUCAUCUUCGUGACCAACUACUACUCGCCGAUAUCGGACCCGACUGUGGUCUUCGACACCAUGUCGCUGCACAUGCUCUUCGCCAUGGUGCUCAUGUUUUCGUACUUCAACACCGCCAGCCUCAGGUACGACUUGCACGGCACCACCGGGCUCAACAAGUCCUUCGAUUUUGACAGUUCGGACCGCUUCAGGUCCUACGUCGAGUCCGUCGACGCUCAGUUCAGUCUCGGCGCCUCUCCUGCGUAUGAUCACCUCGGCUCUGCCUCCAGGCCCAACGCGAUCUCCAGAAAAACCUUCACGCUCAGGAAGAUCAUACACGUGAUCACUUUGUAA